AUGCCGGGCCAGUACGACCCCGUAUCUACAGAGGAGCCAACCUACCCCCCAACAUCCCCGGGGGGUGGAGGUGCCCUCGCGCUCGGUGCAUCCCCGCGCCACUCGCUCGACUCUGUCGGUUCGGGAUCCGACCUCGUCUAUCGCGAUAUCGCAGAGGAGGAUCCCUUUGAGGAGAAGAGCGGUUUCCGUGAUGAAGAGCAGGACGAGGAGCCUGGAUUCGUGGUUGAGCCGCGCAGGCUCCGACCCCGUAAGCGUUCGCGCAAGAUCCUCGCUGUCCUGAUCUUCAUCGUCGCCGGCGCGGCGGCCAUUGGUGUGCUCGCGGCCUCGGGUUACUCUGCACCCUCGUUUGCAGUCAAGAGCGGCAAUCGUCACAUUACGAUGGAUCACGUCUUCAACGGCACCUUCAGCCCUCACUUCCAGUCGCACCAGUGGGUCGCGCAGGCCGACGACGGGACGUACAGCGAGAUCGACCCCGAGGGCAACAUUAUCCUGCACAACGUGUUGAACAAUGACUCGAUUCUCCUCGUAGCCUCGAGCGACGUCGUUGACCCUCGUAGCGGUAACCGCAUGGAGUGGGACUGGUGGCGCCUGUCGGCCGACAUGGAGUAUGUCAUGUUCCGCACCGACUACCGCAAGCAGUGGCGCCACUCGAGCCACGGCAACUACUGGGUCCACCGUCUCAGUGACAAGGCGACGUUCCCGGUACACGAGCCGUCGCCUGCGGAUGUGAUGCCCUCCGUGACGCACGCCAGCUGGUCGCCCGUGUCCCACGCCAUUGCCUACGUCUCGAACAAUGACCUUUACGUCCUCACUGCCGCCCAGCUCGCUGCUGCCAGGCCCCGUGCCAUCCGCGUGACGCAUGACGGCUCGUCAGUUGUCUUCAACGGCGUCCCCGACUGGGUGUACGAGGAGGAAGUGUUCAGCACCGACUACGCCAUGUGGUGGUCGCCGAAUGCCGAGGAGGUCGCCUACCUGCGCAGCAACGAGAGCGAGGUGCCCGAGUUCAAGCUCCAGUACUAUAACCCCAGCAGCGACGCGUUUUCUGUCAACCCAUACCCGACUGAGGUGGACAUGCGCUACCCUAAGCCUGGCACUGCCAUGCCACGCGUCACCGUCCACACGUUCAGCCUCGCCAGCUACGCUGAGACUGGUGCGGUUGGUUCCAAGCGCGACCUGCACUGGGACGGCGAGCUUGCCGUGACGGACCGCAUCAUCACCGAGGUUGCGUGGGUCGCCGAUGACGGCCUCAUGAUCAAGGAGAUUGACCGUGCGGCGCGUUCUGGCAAGGUCGUCGUCUUCACUGCCGGCAAGUCGGAGGGCACGGUGGUCCGCACCCUCGGCAAGGACGGCGAGGAGGGCGACGAUGGAUGGAUCGACCACGGCCAGGACGUCAUCCCUGUCAAGUCUGGCGUUGGUGGUUACGUCGACAUUGUUCCCAACGACGGCUACGACCACAUUGCUCUCUUUUCGCCCAUCACUGCCACCGAGCCCAUUUGGCUGUCUAGCGGCGAGUGGGAGGUAGCCUCCAUCUCGGGUAUUGACCACGAGAAGGGCAUCGUCUACUUUGUUGCUGCCAACCCGUCCAUCGACCGUCACCUGUACUCUGUCGCCCUGCCGACCAAGGACAAUCUCCAAGACUUUACGCCCGAACCUAUUGCGCUCACCGACACGUCCCAGCCUGGAUACUAUGACGCGUUCUUCUCCCCUCAGGCUGGCUUCUACGGCCUGGCGUACCGCGGCCCCAACGUCCCCUGGCAGCGUCUCGUCCAGACGGGCGAGGACGGCAUCAACAUCAUGCUGGAAGACAACGCCGAGCUCAACGCCACGCUGGCCGAGUUCCACCGUCCCAUCGAGACGCGCUCGACGCUCCAGACGGACGAGUACGAGCUCAACAUGAUCGAGAUCCUGCCUCCCAACAUUGACACGUCGGGCCGCAAAAAGUACCCUCUGCUCAUCCAGGUGUAUGGCGGGCCAUACUCGCAAAUGGUGUCCAACGCGUUCAAGCGCGACUGGCACUCGUUCCUCGCCUGCGAGCAAAAGUACGUCAUUGUGCGCAUCGACGGCCGCGGCACAGGCUUCAAGGGCCGGGCACUGCGUAACCCCAUCCGCGACGACCUGGGCCACUGGGAGGUCGAGGACCAGCUCGCGCUGGCCCGCGAACUCAUCAAGCGCAAGUACAUUGACCGCCAGCGCGUGGGUAUCUGGGGCUGGAGCUAUGGCGGGUACAUGACGCUCAAGACGCUCGAGGCCGGUCACGACCUGUUCACGCUCGGCAUGGCCGUCGCGCCUGUCACCGACUGGCGGUACUAUGACUCGAUCUACACGGAGCGAUACAUGAACACGCCCGAGGCCAACCCGGACGGAUACGUGCGGUCUGCCGUCAACAACGUGACCAACUUUGCCGGCAUCGACCUCCUCCUCGCGCACGGCACGGGCGACGACAAUGUCCACUUCGCCAACAUGGCCAGCUUGGUGGACAAGCUCACCCAGGACCAAGUGCGCGGAUGGCGCAUGAGGAUGUUUACUGACAGCUCACACUCGAUCAUGACCCGCGGCGCGAACCGGGAGCUGUACGAGUGGAUGACGAGUUACCUCGAGGAGAAGUGGGGCCACGGGGGCAACAUCCAACACUAG